AUGAAUCACCAAGCAGCAUCCAAUAUGAAAUUUGAAAGACAACCCAGACAAAGCCGCCCAGGCUGGACAGAAAUUGAAGACAGACUUCUCUACUACUGGAUGCAGCACUCCAAGUCCAACAACCUCUCAAGUAGAGCCAUCGGCUUAGAACUACAAAAAGAAGUCGACUAUCGCAAAUUUUUCGACCAAGACCUCAACCUACCGAAUCCACCAAGAGACUACACCGCAAACUCGGUUAAGAACCGAAUCAAGAAGAUCGAAGACCAAAAGCUAAUCUUCCAUCCACUACGUCCUCAGAAUCCAGACCAUUAUGUCGUGAUUAAUGAGUCGAAUCGUCUUGGUGGUAUGUUUGGUCCUGAUGCGCCGUGGAAUCCCGAGCACCAAGCGAUGGUAAGCGAGGCGGAUGGCUUUGGUGCCUCGUUCAAGGUUGAUGCGCCGGGGCCGAGAGUGCAUCAAAGUGCUUUUCUGGAUGCGCAGUUUGGAGUGCUUGUACCGACAGAUUUACAAGUAAAUCAAGUUCAAGGGGAGCGUCAAUAUGACGAAGGGCAACAUGGAGACUCAUUUCAAUAUGGAGGAGUAGCUCAGUACGAACAAGGGACUGCAUAUGAAGAAGCGUCAAAAUACGUGGUACCCCAAUAUGAAGGAUCCCGGUAUGGAGAAGCUUCUCAAUGUGAUCAGCCAACGCAAUACCAAGGAGCACAUCAAUACGAAGAAGCUCCACAAUAUCGAGGUGUAAAUCCAUAUGAGGAUGCUGUUAGGCAGACACUCAACGAGUUCCAAUUCAUCCAAAACAGCGAGGAACCUCUCCUUCUCGAAGACGAAACCUCAGCCUUUGAGACCGCUGCGACUUCAGCCCCAAAGGGCGUCGAGGAUGGGUACGAUGCUAAUGCUUCAUUACGUCCGAUUCGCGAAUUCUUAGGAAUUCCCGAAGACGUAUACAUGAAUGAUCUCAAGGGCAAUCCUGAGCCGUCCUCGGAGAAUGGGAAUGAAGGGGUAGCUAAAGACGGAAAUGAUGCACCCAGAGCACUGUCUUUGAAAGAGGCCUUAGGUAGAGUGAGAGCUGUUAGCGAAACGCUGAGACUUGAGAAAGAGAUUCGUUGGCCUGAUGAUCCUCCUGAACGGAGUCCUUGGAAGGAGUACCCAGAUUUGUGA